AUGCAGGCCCCAGGAAGCCAGGAGCCCCUUCUCCACCCGCUGCGCCCCCAGCCCUUGCCGCAAGCACUGUCUCGCUGUGCCACUCCUGAGAACGUGCUGCGCUGCUCUUCAUUCUCCCUUGUUGCCUUUACCGCCCUCUCACCCCGAGAAGUCCUCCCCUUCUGCAGGUACAGGAGGACGGCGAUGGAUGGAGGUUGCCCUCCCCUCUGCAUCGUGUGCACGGCGCCCUCCAAGCCAGUGCAGACCCUGCAGGCAUUUCACGGCGUGCUGUUUGAAGGGUCCCUACAAAGGCUUGGCGACAUCUGCUCCCUAACUUUCAACCCCUUGGGGAUCAGCAGUGAUGGGUUAAUGAUAAAUGCCCGGACGUGGAACCUGACCAAACACUUGUAG